GUAUGUGACCGCCAAGUCGCCGCCCUGAGGAGACACAUUAAUCGCUACAUUAAUGAGGACUAUGAUGUCGAGACCGCCAGUGACAUGAAAGCUGCUAUCGACUUGCAUGGGGGCGUCAAAGGCUGCAAUUCAGCGGUGUGCAAGGUUGACAAAAGUUCUCAAAACAUGACCAAGCACUGGCUGAGUGGCGCCCACUGAAAGUGGAGAGAUCAUCGCUUGGUGGGCCUACAAUUUCUGACCCAGAAAGGUAUUCUCCUCAGUGUCCCGGAUGUGUCUCAGAACCCUGCAAGGCCCAACGAACCUACAAGUUUACCAGGUGUUCAGUAGUCCUAACAUGCUGACUGGUGUCUUGUGCCCCUUCCAGUAAGCUGGAACAGCAGCCUACAGCACUUACAAUGGAGCCUAUUGCUGCAGAAGGGAUUCAGCAUCAUGAAGAGAGUGUAGUCUUUGGCUGCCCAGUGGAGGGUUGUAUAAAG